CAAAGGCACAAAUGUUUAAAUAUCAACCGAUCUCCUCCUCCUCAUUUUUUUUCAAGUAAAACUACAACGCGAAUGCAUAAUAGUUGACGAAGUUCCAUUUUCUCCUUAACUGCCUGCGUCGAUCUUUCCCCCAUUUUCAGUCUCAAGCAUUUAACCAGUCGAUUUCAUCUGUACUCUAUUAGUCCACGUAGGUCUCUUUGUUUUUCAAACAUGGGUUUGGCAUCUGUUAACAUAGAAAGUGAAGGCAUGCAAUUUUGCAUAUUUGAUUUGAGGAGGGGACAACAAGAAGGGCUGGAGCUAGAUAAGAUUUUAUUCUUCUUUCCAGCUGAUUCGCCCCUGUCAAAACAACUUUCUGUCAUAGGGCUUGGUGAGGGACUCAUCACAUUUACAAGAAUUUUCUCUCCAGAAGCAGCAUGUGAUGUCAUAUUAGCAGAGAGGCAUUCUCAUGUUUUUUUUGAGGCAGAGCCAGAUAUCUGGAUGACGAUGGUAGUAGAAAAAAGUGUGGAGUCAGAAGCCACCUGGCGGAUUGAGGCAUUGAGAGAGGUUCUUAAGGAAGUUCACUCUCUAUUUAUGAUGUUCCAUGGAUCUAUAAGAGCAAUCCUUGAUAGAGAACCAAGUGGAGGACUAAUUCGUGCUCAUUUGUACCCUUUCAUUGUGGAUUAUCUAAGUGAUUUUCUUGUUGGGAAGAAACUCCACUUACCUUCAUUUCGUGACUGUUUAAUGAAGCGCAGAACUGUGCAGAUGUUGACUGUUGGGAGAGAGGCUGCAAUUGAAGUUCAGUUGCUUGUCAGGAUACUAGAAUCUAGUGCUGGGACCACGCCUUGCUACUCAUUGAUUUUGUUCAAGGACCUGCUUGUAUCCACAACAGUCUCUCCGGAUGAGACGAUAAAUUUAUUUGCAUAUGCUAUUCUAAGGUUGACCCCUCAUGCUCUAUCCCCUGGAGGAAGUUCCUGGUCUUAUUUACUCAGAGGAAAAACUGUGUCCCAUGUUGAUACAGCAACUACCUUGGCUCACCAUGGAGCUGCUUCAGAACAUAAUUAUCAGUUGCAUGAUAAUUCUCCUAGCCAAGUUGAUGGGUAUGAUGUUAAAAGGCCCUUACAGAAGAACCAAUGGUCUAAAGGAGCAGAUGGUUUUCUUGUCACUGAUAUUUGGAAUGGAGACAGGGAUAGCUCGACUUCUGCCACCCCUACAAUUUGGCUGCACCAAACACAAGAAAAAAUGUAUCUUUGUGCCUAUCAAUAUAGAGAGCUUACCUUAAUCCUUCUGAUACCUGUUUCCUCCAUUUAUAAUAGGGAGCAAGGUAUUUCCCUGAUAAAGCGGCAAGUUCUUGAAAAUGCAUCGCUUAAUAUCUUGAAAGUUGAAGAGAGAUUAUCAAAAGGAUGGGGUGGUAAGAAUGCUUAUCAUGUCAAGGGUUAUCGUUACUUACUGGUUGAUGAUGAAAGGAAUAUUUCCAGGGCUUCUCCACCUGUAAAGGUUUCAACCCUCAGAAAGGAAUCUUUACUUGCCAUGAGCAAGCUUAUAGAAGAAUUAGAUUUGGAAAAGAGAAGAGAACAAUGGGAUAGCACAGACCACGAGAAAGAUUUGGAAAUUUACAUUAGAGCGAAAAACAAUGCCUGGGUGAUUGCUCAAACUACAAGAGGGAAAGAGCUUUAUAUGGUGCUAGAAAAAGCAGACGAAACACUUCUUUAUGCCUCUGAUGCUGCAGAGAAGUUCAGCACAAGGUAUUGUGGUGGCACUUUCUCUCUGGAUUAGGAAAACCGUACCUAUCUCAUAUGUUUGUAUCUGUAAGCAAAUAAUCCAUAGAAGGGGAACAAUGUCCCUCUACGUUUAAAAUAGUCAUACAUGUGUGUGCAGCAAAUGAUCUUCUGUUGUAAGAGAUGCCAUUUUGAUAUUUAUAAUCUGUAACAAUGAGAUCAAAAUAGAAAGUCCAUACUCUUGCAGGCAAUGAAUAUUGACUAAUACUUUCUCAUUUUUAUAAAA